AUGGACUUGCUACCAGAAAACCUCCAAACAGUCCUCCAUCAUUCGACAUUCGCCUACCUCCAAGCAACAGCACAAGACCAUCUCGCAACAAAACUCUCGCACCUACGGACAAUGGUGCUUCAACCAUACAUAAUCGAACCCGUCUCGAAGUUCCUCGCCGUCUACGCCUCCGUCAUGCCAGACCUAAUGUCCUUAUUCCUCCUCGCCGUCAUAAUCCUCAUCUCUAUCAAGAUCCUCGACUACGCCUACCGCCUUGUCAUGUUCUGGAUCGCGCUCGCUUUCAAGCUGGUUUUCUGGGUCUCGGUUCUAGGUCUUGGCUGGUAUGUCUACAACGUUGGUAUUGAGAAUGCGGGCAGGGGUGUCGGGUGGGUUUGGGGUCUGAUAUGUGGGUUUGUCGGCGAUUUUGAGGAAAAGACUAAGAUGGCUGCGGCGGCUUAUGCGGGAGUCCCGAGGUAG